AUGAAUGCUCUAGCUGUUGCAGGCGAUGAGCAGCCAUCUGACCACCGAUUCAGCGGUAGUUCCCGAAAAAAAUCACAAGCGAGACGACAAAGUUCGAUUGUCGACCUAUGGGCUACGGUAGAUAGAUCUCGUCUCGAACAGGAUGUUCACAUUAUUCCUCUUGAUGAGCUUUACCAGCGUUUUCAUACACAUCCUCGUGACGGUUUAUCAUCUGCUUCAAUAGCAGAUGCACAAGCUCAAUACGGACUGAACAAAAUAGUUCCACCGAAACCACCAAGGUAUCUUUGGCUAUUGUUCAAGCAAUUGUUUAUGGGAUUCAACACUAUUCUCUGGGUUGCUGCCAUUUUUGCAUUUUUAGCGUAUAAACCCUUCGGGGACCCAAUCCCAUCGAUAACGAACUUAGCACUGGGUGUUGUCCUCGUUAUAGUUAUCACCUGCAAUUCUAUUCUGAAUGCUUACCAAUAA